CAGCUCGGCUUUUUUCGCCUACAGUCGGCGGCAGCCCCGGAAGGGCGCUCAUGGAGCCGCGAUUUUCGGCUCGACGGAUCGCUAUGGCGCCGCUGCUAGAAUAUGAGAGGCAGCUGGUGCUGGAGCUGCUCGACACCGACGGGCUGGUCGUGUGCGCCCGAGGGCUCGGCGCGGACCGGCUCCUCUACCAUUUCCUCCGGCUACACUGCCACCCGGCCUGCCUGGUGCUGGUGCUCAACACGCAGCCAGCCGAGGAGGAGUAUUUUAUCAAUCAGCUGAAGAUAGAAGGAGUCGAUCACCUCCCUCGCCGUGUGACAAAUGAAAUCGCAAGUAACAGUCGCUAUGAGGUUUACACACAAGGUGGUGUUAUAUUUGCAACAAGUCGAAUACUUGUGGUUGAUUUUUUGACUGAUAGAAUACCUUCAGAUUUAAUAACUGGGAUCUUGGUGUAUAGAGCCCACCGAAUCAUCGAGUCUUGUCAGGAAGCAUUCAUUUUGCGCCUCUUUCGCCAGAAAAACAAACGUGGUUUUAUUAAAGCUUUCACAGACAACGCCGUCGCCUUUGAUACUGGUUUUUGUCAUGUGGAAAGAGUGAUGAGAAAUCUUUUUGUGAGGAAGCUGUAUCUGUGGCCUAGGUUCCAUGUAGCAGUCAACUCAUUUUUAGAACAUCAUAAACCUGAAGUUGUAGAAAUUCAUGUUUCUAUGACACCUGCCAUGCUUGCCAUCCAAACUGCUAUACUGGAUAUUUUAAAUGCAUGUCUAAAGGAACUGAAAAGUCAUAACCCAUCGCUGGAAGUGGAAGAUUUAUCUUUAGAAAAUGCUAUUGGGAAGCCUUUUGACAAGACAAUCCGCCAUUAUCUGGAUCCUUUGUGGCAUCAGCUUGGAGCCAAGACUAAAUCUUUGGUUCAGGAUUUGAAGAUAUUGCGGACUUUGCUGCAGUAUCUCUCACAAUAUGAUUGUGUCACAUUUCUUAAUCUUUUGGAAUCUCUGAGAGCAACAGAAAAGGCUUUUGGUCAGAAUUCAGGUUGGCUAUUUCUUGACUCCAGCACCUCAAUGUUCAUAAACGCUCGGGCAAGGGUUUAUCAUAUUCCAGAUGCCAAAAUGAGUAAGAAAAGCAAAAUGCCUGAAAAAAUGGAGAUUAAGGAAGGACAAGAAACAAAAAAGGAACUGGUCCUGGAAAACAACCCGAAGUGGGAGGCACUAACUGAAGUAUUGAAAGAAAUUGAGGCAGAAAAUAAGGAGAGUGAAGCCCUUGGAGGCCCAGGUCAAGUUCUUAUCUGUGCAAGUGAUGACCGCACGUGCUCCCAGCUGAAAGACUACCUCACCGCUGGGGCAGAGGCCUUUUUACUGCAGCUCUACAGGAAGACCUUUGAGAAAGACAGCAAAGCGGAGGAAGUAUGGGUGAAAUUUAGAAAGGAGCAUGGUUCAAAGAGAACUACAAAAUCUAACAAAAGACCCAAAGAUCUCCAGCAUAAAGAACGGGGUUCUGUCAAAGAAAAAAUUCCCAAAAAGAAAAAACGAAGGUUGACUCUAACUCAGAUGCCAGGACAAUCUGAAGAAGUGGAAGAGGAAGAGGGUGUUGAGGAAGGACAUCCUAGAGACAGAAGCAGUAGCCCAGAAGUCUGCUUGGGAGAAAUCAAGCAUGAGGAAUUUGAUUUAAAUUUGUCGUCUGAUGCUGCUUAUGGACUCUUGAAAGAACCCCUCACCAUCCUCCAUCCUCUCCUGGGUUGUAGCGACCCCUAUGCUCUGACGAGGGUUCUCCAUGAGGUGGAGCCAAGAUUCGUGGUUCUGUAUGAUGCAGAGCUCACGUUCGUUCGUCAGCUUGAAAUUUACAGGGCAAGCAGGCCGGGGAAACCUCUGAGGGUUUACUUUCUCAUAUAUGGUGGAUCAACAGAGGAACAACGUUAUCUCACUGCUCUGCGAAAAGAAAAGGAAGCUUUUGAAAAACUCAUAAGGGAAAAGGCUAGCAUGGUUGUCCCUGAAGAAAGAGAAGGCAGAGAUGAAACCAACCUGGACUUAGCAAGAGGCACAGCAUCGACACAUGCUGCCGCUGACACCCGCAAAGCUGGUGGCCAGGAACAGAAUGGAACACAGCAAAGCAUAGUUGUGGACAUGCGUGAAUUCCGAAGUGAGCUCCCAUCUCUGAUCCAUCGCCGGGGCAUUGACAUUGAACCUGUGACUUUAGAGGUUGGAGAUUACAUCCUGACACCAGAAAUGUGCGUGGAGCGCAAGAGCAUCAGUGACCUGAUCGGUUCUCUGAAUAAUGGCCGCCUGUACAGCCAGUGCAUCUCUAUGUCCCGCUACUACAAGCGCCCUGUGCUCCUGAUCGAGUUUGACCCCAGUAAGCCCUUCUCUCUCUCAGCCCGAGGUGCCUUAUUUCAGGAGAUCUCCAGCAGUGACAUUAGUUCCAAACUCACCCUUCUCACGCUUCACUUCCCCAGACUUCGCCUCCUCUGGUGCCCUUCCCCUCAUGCAACAGCAGAGCUAUUUGAAGAACUCAAGCAAAAUAAGCCACAGCCUGAUGCAGCCACAGCCAUGGCCAUUACAGCAGAUUCUGAGACCCUGCCUGAGUCAGAAAAGUAUAAUCCUGGUCCCCAAGACUUCUUGUUAAAAAUGCCAGGGGUAAAUGCCAAAAACUGUCGCUCCUUGAUGAACCACGUUAAGAACAUUGCAGAAUUAGCAACCCUAUCACAAGACAAGCUCACAGGUAUUCUGGGGCAUGCCGCAAAUGCUAAGCAGCUUUAUGACUUCAUUCACACCACUUACGCAGAAGUGGUGUCUAAAGGGAAAGUGAAAAAGUGAACAGUGGUGGCCGUUUGCUCAUUGGUGACUGUGCUUUUCAACUGUUCUCUGCCAGCAAGACUAAGUGAUUAUUAAUUAUUUGUUCAGUGAUUCAUACUUCUCCAGUGCUCUUAAUGGUCGUACAUCUGUCUCCAAGGUCAGUGGACCAGAAGCCGAGAUUCCUCUCUGAACAUUGUGUUUAGGUAACUUUUUAACUUUCGCUUGCCUGCUCUCUGCCCACCCUGCACAGUCCCUGGCAGGCUUACUGUAUUCCAUUUUUAAAUGAGCUGCGUCAAGAUCAGGGAGCGUUUCCACAAGUGUUUAUUUAAGACUUUUGAAGCGAGGAGACGCAGCCACCCCUAAAACUGGCUGCCUAGGCUCACCCAAAUGCAUGCAUACAUAUUACAGCUAGGCUGUCCGAAAGCAUCUCCACGUCCCUUUGUUUCAAAUGAAAUGAGUUACUAAUUCACAAAAUGUGAUGGUGCAGGUGAAGGAGCCCUUAGAAUUCUGUUUUUGCAAAUGUUGAACCUUCUGCAUCUCAAGACUUCCAAGCCUAAAUGGCUAGUUUCAGAGUCUCACAGAGCUCCUCUUCUCCCAGCUCUCUGUGAGCACAGGACACCAUGCCACAUCCUCUGGCAUCAUCCUCUGGGCCUCCGGGGCCUCACGUCCCUGUGCAGAACACCUCUGCCUUCCCUUUGUGAGGACUCAGACACAAGCAAGCAAGCAAGCAACCCACUGGGCUCUCAAGAUUUCCUUGUCUUCCCUUUGUAUUGGGAUAGAAGGGUUGCAGAUAAAUGGAAGAUCAGUGUACAAAAUAUAUAAAAAUUCAAAAGAAAUAUAUACAUAUAUUUAAGAACCCCUAAAGAAACUAAUCUCAUUCUAAAUCUCCUGAUUGAUUUAAGUUGGCUUUUUACUGAAGUGUACAUACAGAAAAUUCAUAGCAUCUUUGUGCCAUUUUUAACUUUGAUAUUUAAACAUUAUUAACUUAGCUGUUACAUAUUGAGUAAUAAGCAGUAAAUUUUAUGCCUCAGAUUUUGAUGUAGACAUGAAUUCUGCUAGCUGUGACACAUAGUUCAGCAUUUCAUCAGUGUCAGCUAUUUUUUGGUUUGUCACACUACUGAGACAGUGGACCUUGUAAUAAAACAUUGUCUUCAACUUUAACAAAAGCACUGUAACUGGACCUCUCAUAUUGGCAUCUUGAUUUAUUGCUACUUAACAGUACAGUUGUCUGUCAGUAUCCAUGGUACCCUCCCAUGGAACCAAAAUGCGCAGAUGCUUAAAUCCCUUAUGUAAAAUGUCAUAGUGUUUGCAUAUAACCUACGCAUAUCCUCCUGUAUACUUCAAACCAUCUCUAGAUGACUAAUAAUAUCUAGUACAAUGUAAAUUCUAUGUAAGUAGUUGUUACACUGUGUUUAAGGGAUAAUGACAAGAAAGAGUUUGUACAUGUUUUGUACAGGUACAAGUAUUUCCCCAAAUGUUUUCAGUCCUUGAUUGGUAGUAAACCCAUGGAUCCAGAGCCAUUGGAUAGGGAAAGCCAACUAUGGUAAGAGUAUUAUCUGUGGAUAUAUGGAUUUUGAACUCUAGUGCUGGGGAUGGAGCUAAGUAUAAACUACUUGCCUAGUGUGCACAAGGCCCUGGGCUCAGUCCCUAGCACUGCAAAACAAAACCUGAAGUGUUUUAAACUGUAUACAAGGUACUACAAGAAUGAAUUGAGGGGUGUCGAGAACCAGAUUUGUUAUAGAACCUGGUAGCAGUGGCAAACCAUUUGGCAAACCUAUGGCAUUCAUGCCACAGCGGGCUAUUUGUAUCAUUGAAAGCUCUAAAACAUUCACUAUCAUUGCUGUAAGAUGUUGUGGAGAAUAAGGACGAUGACAAAGAAAAAUUAGUUUAAGGUCAAACAAAGAUGGGGCUACUGAUUUUGUCCCAGAGGUAAAAAAUAUACCCUGUGGAAUAGAAAACAAAACUUUUGAAUGAUUACAGUAUGAAUUUUAGCACUCACUUUUAUAUUUAUUUUAUUGAGUUCAAUCAUAGUUCAAAGGCCAUUAAAAUAGACAUACCACUUCAAAGGGUAAUGAUUUCUACGUUCUUUCACCCUAGCCAAGCAUUUCUGCUUAUGGUAUGUAAUUUCUUUUUUUUCCUUCUUGUAUACUUCCACUUCACCUUCUAUUGCUGUUUUAUUACAUAAAACAAAUGUUAUCAGCAUAUUCUGCAAUGGGAGUUGCAUUCCUAGUUAAGUUUUCAAAACUAAGCUCUUCUCAAAGCUAGCAUUUUAAACAGCCCUUGUUAUCUAGUAAAACAUAGAUAACACUUCUAAAUGUAUUUAUUCCUAAUGUCCCCAAGUUCUCCAAAUCUGCCAUUUGCUGUUGUGCCUGCUGGACAUGAAGACAGGUGCACUAUCUUACAUGUAUUUGAAUUACGGUCAAUAAUUUCAAAUGAACUCUAAAUGGUCAUUAUGGGUGAAGGACUCACUGCCACUUCUUUUUCCAACUAAAUAAGCGUAUUUUAAUGUAUUUCCAGUUGUGGAGCACUUUCCCUACAUCCAUAACUAUUUAGUUUACCCAAAAUUUUUAAUGAAUUUUUACAGUCUAAGAUUGUUUGGUAGAGGAACUAGAGAUGCAUACGUUGCAAAACUAUGGCUUUAUUAUCUAACAUUUUGCUAACUUUGCUUUUGUUUCCAAAAUUGUAAAUAUUCAGUUACUUAUGAACUUGUGUGUAGCUUUUUAAAAACUUUUUUUAAAUGCUAGAUCAAUACUCUAUUUUAGUUUUGGGUUUUGUUUUGUUUUGUUUCUCAUUUUGGUUUGGUUUUUGUGUACUGAGGAUUAAACCCAAGGCCUCCACACUGACUACAUCCUCACCCUUUUUAUAUUUUAUUUCGAGACGAGGUCUCGAUAGUCAGCAAGUUGCCCAGGCUGGGCUCCUGCCUCAGCCUCCUCAAGUGCUGGGAUUAUAGGCAUGUGCUGCAACACCUGGCCUAUUUUACAAGUUUUUUAUAUAAAAAUGUGAACAUCUGAAGUAUUGUGAGAAAUCAUUUUGUUUAAAUCGUGGUGUCUCUCUUAAUCUUCACAACUAUACAAAAGUAUUUAUAGUGGCCAUAGGUAUUGUCCUUUAGGCACUGCUGACUGGUUCUUUAAGUCUGAUGUUUAAUAGACUAUAUGUCUACUGUCGUUUGAGUGCUUUCAGGAUGCAGUUUCCCAGCUCAUGAGGAACUGAAAAUAAUUGUCUCAUUCAUCAGCCCAUUAGGACAGGAAGGAUAAAGUCCAGAUUUGGUCAUAUUGUGAUAACAUUAUAGAACUAAUGUCCUGAUAAAUGAUGCGGGAAAACCUUCCAUAAAGCAAAUCUGAAGAAGUAGGGGGGAGGUACACAGGAACUAUUGGCCUUUGCUUUUGUUUUUCAAGCAUAAUUUGAUUUUUCCUUUGUCUCAGAGAACUUCUUUAGGGAAAUUCUUUAUCAUUAGUUUCCAUCUAGAUAUGUCCCCUACAAAACCAACUCUUCAGGAAAAUUCUUCCUCGGGUUUGAGUAGAUUAAAAUGUAAUCAGGCUUUGACAUGAAUUGUUAUUCUUCUUUAUUGUUUGGCUUUCUGUUUUGGUUUGUAACUAUUUCCUGCCCUAUUCUGAAUUUCAGCACUUACCAUAUUUACCAACAGAUUUUUGGUGGCCUAUACCAUUAUGCUGUUGUUUUGUUGUUGUUUUUUUAAUUUAUGGAUGUGUAAGCCACAAUUUACUUGAGAGGGAGAUAAAACAAAUAUAUCUAUCUGUAACAAGUGUGUGUGAAUUUAAUAAAAUGUAUAUUCAGUAUUUUUCUCUCCAUCUUAAGGACAAAAUAAACUAUAACACUGUAGUGGAAGAGUAUAUAUUAUCAGCAAUGUAUUGGUAAAUAUUUAAAAUUCAGAGAAUAUUUAAUUUUUUUCUUUUUCAUUGUGCAGAAUAAAUGAUUAAGGCUGAGAUGCCCCUUGAA